CGGAAGCCUCGCAUUAUCAGUCGAUAACACGUUAUCGCGGGCAAGUUUUGGUGCGAGGAUCAUGGCGCCUUGCAUGAUCACCUGAAAUGUCAAGCCGCUGAUCGGAGCCCGUCGCGGAACCGCUUUUUAUUGUUGCGACAAGGUUUGUCGGGUAACAAAACAUAUCAGGUGUGACGCAUCGCGGCAGUGACAGCAACGUCACGCGUAGAGUAAUUAGCCUGACAAGGUGUACCAGGGAAAACAAUAACCUCCAGCGAUGGACGAAACAUAUUUCGACGAAGGGCCAGCGGGAAAUUUUGAAACGACCACCCUGGAGAUUUCGAAGCAUCCUGAGGGAAACGAGCAAAAUCAGUCAACUUCUGAAAUUAAUGAAGAUAUUAACACUGCAAGGAGGAACUUGGAAAACCAGGGAAACACCUUCAAUCAGAUUCCAAUAACUAAGGAUGUCUCCAACAUCCCCUUCAAGCACAUAGACAUCCACUCGUUCUUUUCUGAUAGAAACGAGGUGGUGGAGAAGGCUCUGAAAGAUUGCCAGGACAGCUUGAUCAACGAGGAGGAAAAGGAUCUAGCUGGUAGUUGGCUACUGACUGAAAUAAGUUUGUGGGACAUUGAGAAGGAGAGACUAGUACUACUCACUAAGAAAGCAAUUUAUUCAAUAAAAUAUGAUUUCAUUUCGUUAAAAAUACUAGAGUACAAUCGAAUACCACUGUCACAGAUUGACACCCUAGUCUCUGGUGAACUAAUCUAUCCACCUGCAUCCUUAGCCCCACGAUUAAGUGGAUUGGCAGAGGGUGUGUCUUCGAUAUUUCAUUGCGCAGUCCGUCAAGAGUGGUCGACACUUACCUCUUGCGCCGGUCUUGCACAAUUCGAGUCUAGGAAAAGGUCAAUGUAUGGAGUAAGACUGUUGUGGAACAAGGGCGAUCCGUUGCCAUUGACCAAAAAAUGGAACCCGUUCGCGAAAAACAUACCGUGGCUCACGUAUUCUAGUCAUCCAUUGUUUUGGUACAAAGGAUCCGAAGCAGAGAAGGCGAAGUUCGACGUCGAGGGUUUGCACUCGACGAUACUAACAUUAUUGCCAGUAGAAUCCAGAGUGAAAACUGGCUCCAUCGUCAUAGAAAAUUACUUUGGUCUAGGUGCUCUGGUCCACAAUAGAAACGGAUUAGGCUUCUUCAAGAUCCGGGGCAAAGUUAGCUUUUAAUGGUUACGUUCACCAGGAAUUCCACAUUCGUCUCUUCAAGUUUUCCUAAAGAUUUCUAUUUCGAUUCUCAAAGUAUAUCUAUUUCGACAGUCCACAGUAUUGUUCGUACGAGGGAAUAUCAAAUCUCCUCGGUGGUAUCGUGGUAUGUAAACGUAAUUUAAUUUAUCAGUCUAUUCUACAUUGUUACGAGACUUCUGAAUUAUUAAACAAGAAAAAAGAAGAAGCAGGAACCAUGUAUGUUCUCCGUUUACGAUGAUAUUGUAAAUCUUCUCUACGUAUACAUGCGGAAUCUAGAUGUAUAUGUAUUUUUACUGUACCUGGCUGAUAGAAAACUUUACGAUAAGUUUACACAUCGUUUUAGAAUAAUUACUGUAUCUUCUACGUAUCAAACUGAAUUUUAUAGUUCUACACUAUAAAAAUUGUGAUUUUAAUCUUGCUUAUAUAAUAAUAAAGCAGAAAGUUCUAACGAAGAA